AUGAAAAACCUCGAAGUUUUUUCGACUCUUUUGGCCUCGGCCGCUGCCCGAACUCAUAUAAAAAAGAGCAUCAUUGAUAAUCGAAUAAAAUUCGACAGAGAUGUGCUCUUUCACGGCGAUGCCGAAUUUUGGGAAGACUACGAUGAUUGGGAUCCGUACACGGAUCUUGAUGAAGACGAAAUUCAUGAUAUCAUGAGACGAAUUGCAGCGCACAUGGACGCCAAUAAGGACGGAUACAUCGAUCAAGGGAGGGUUGAACUUUUUUUUAUUGAUAUUUUCUUCUCUUUGAAUUAUGAAGCAUACUUAUGUUUAACUCGUAAAACAGAGGAGCUCACGAUUUGGACUCUCUUCUCCAUGCACAACAUCAACGCCAAGUGGGCCCAUGAAGAGUGGGACGACAUCGACAAGCAUGGAAACAACAUGGGCAUGUCCUGGCAAGAUGUCUGCAACGAAGAGUACGGCUUCCAGUUUGAACAGUCCGUCGACCAAUACGGACCUCGAGAAGUCGACGAGUUCGACCCCGACAACGAGGAGUACUACGAGUUCAACCGACGAUACAAUCGAAACCGAGCGAAAUUCGAGGCCGCGGACCAGAACACCAACGGCUUCCUCAACCGAGACGAGUGGCUCCACUACAACAAUCCCUUCAAAGUCCAGGAAGUCAAGGACAAAAUGCUCGAAAAAGUCAUGGAGAAGAUCGACACGGAUCGUGACGGAGCCAUUUCUCUGCAAGAAUACCUCAAUGAUUGGAAAAUCAGACCAUCCGAUGCUGAUGACGACGCACUCGAAUUCGAUGUUGAUGAAUUUAAAGAAGACCUCGACCGAAACGGCGAUGAGAUUCUUGAGGGCGAUGAGCUCAUUUAUUGGCUUGAUGCGGAUCUCGCUGCUGAUGCAAAUGAUGAAGCUCUUCAUUUGAUGGAAACCUGCGACGAAGAUGGAGACGAGAGACUGACAGCUGAGGAGAUCGUCAACCACUACGACUUCUUCAUCGACCACGAAGUAAUGGAGCACGGAGAAACGCUGCGAGAUUUCUACUACCACGACGAAUUCCGAAAAUAG